AAACCCUUUUGCCCUUGCAGAGAAAGAGAUAGCCCAGGCCUGUUCGACAAAUGUUAUUGUUCUGGACAGAGAGCCUCAUUAUCUUUUGUAAAACGGUAGCUAACUUGUUCUUGUGUCAUAGAUACAUAAUACAGGCUAUAUUAAUAUAUCUUUUCAGAGGGUGAUUUCUUUUUCUCUCCACAAAGCGCUUGUUAAAGAAAGGCUGCUUUUUGUGGAGGGAGACUGCGAAUCCAUGCUGGCAUUACAUGGCUGUUAAAUUGUUCCUCUUCCUUCAACCCACACUCGCAAAAUCUACCUCCAAACAGUAAAAGAUUACUAAGGAGGAUUUUAAAAGACGAACAGACGAAAGGGAACGCCCUUACGUGUUUAUCCAUCUAAUUACUGAAGAAUCUGGCUGGCGAAAAACAAAAAGGGACUGUUUUCAGAACAGUGGCAAACGAAACUGUAAAGGUUUCAUUAAAUUGCGCUGCAAAAUUCUUCCCCACGAGAGGCAGCUAGUUUAGAAACGGUCUGAAAAUAGAUCCAAAAUGAGGGAGGCUGCCUCCAAAGGAGGGACACUUUUGCAGCCAGGAUUGUUACAGUCGGGAAGACGUGACGCAGUUGAUGUUCACAGCAGUUCUGUGCUUUGAUGCAGCUACUGAGCCCAUGCCACUAACUCCCAGCUGCUUUUUAUUUCAAAAUCUGCUAACGCACCAAGCGUGUAAUGCCUUUGCUGCCCAGUGCCCAGAGAAAAACAGGGAGGCUGUCUGGCAUUUCAGCAUGCAGCUCCAGAAAUAUGCACCUUCUGUUUUUGAGAAGUAUACUACCAGUAUUACAGUUGGCAAUAAAGAAGUAAUUCUGAAUUUGUAUGACACUGCAGGGCAGGAAGAUUAUGAUCGGCUACGACCACUUUCAUACCAGAAUACAAACUUGGUCUUAAUUUGUUAUGAUGUUAUGAACCCUACUAGCUAUGACAAUGUUUUAAUUAAGUGGUACCCUGAAGUAAGUGAACCAAUCACAUAUAACCAGGGUGAAGCAACUUGUCAGCAGAUAAAGGGAGAAGCUUAUCUGGAAUGCUCAGCCAAAUAUCGAGAAAACGUAGAGGAUGUUUUUAAAGAAGCAACAAACAUUGCACUGAGUGCCAUGAAAAAAGCUAAGCGCCGAAAAAAGAGGAAACGCUGUGUGAUAUUAUGACAAUCUAGAUCACUGAGACUGUAGAAGAGCUUAUUAAAAUCUUUACACUUAUUACCAAUAGUUUAUUUAAAAAAAAAUAGUACAUUUUUAUUCCUGCAUUGAUUUUAUUCUUAAUAAUUGAUUUAAUACCUUUGUAUGCUUUUGAUGCCCUUCAUAUGAAGAUUUCAAAGUGCUUUAUCAAUAUUAGUUUGUGGUAGAUGGUUGUGUAAGUUUUGUUCCUGAUCGUAAAUCUCAGCCAAAUUCCUGUCCAUACACUGACAGUUUUUAUUGCUCAUAGUUUUAUUCUAGCACCUAAAUGCUGUACUGUCGGCUCUGAUUUAUUGGCCUUGUUCACUACUGAAUUAACAUGGAAAAGAUAGAAAUGGUUACUUCUCUCAAAGGCAGAGUGAAGUUAAAUCAGAACAGACUAGCAGAUUCACACAGGAUAAAAAUCAAAGUUCCAUAUUGAUGAGUUGUAAUUAUAAUUACAAAUCAACAGCUCUAUUAACCAUUCCUCUCUGAGUAGCUUCAAGCAACUAUGUACAUAUAUUAUUCUGCUGCUCCUUUAUUAGAAUGACCACUGUGUAAAGCAGCUGUUUGGAAACCCAUUGUGUGGUCUCCCCCGAUUGGAUUUAUGAUCAUGGAAAAUUUUUUGCAUCAUUUAUUAUAGUCUACUCAAAGUAUUCAGUGCAGAUAUGAUGCAUCUUGCUGAACAGUUUCUCUCUAGCAGGUUAAUGCAGCCACUUUUUAGAAACCCUAUGGGAGCCUCUUAUGUGCAAUACAAGCAAUACUUAUUUUAAAAUAAAAGUGCAAUUUAUUUAA